AUGUGCAUCCCGGAUCGGCUGUGGUACUUCGUGGCAACCUUGAUCGCAUGGGCAUAUUUCGCGGAAGAGAGCAGGGACUCCCCUGUGCUGCGCCGACCCUCCUGGGCGCCGGUGUGGCUCCUGCGUGCAGCGCGGAAGUGGUGUCGGCUUUUCAUCUUCUGCAUGACGGUCCUGGGCAUGCUCCUUGCGACAGACCUGGUAGAGGUCUUUUGGCUCCGAGCAGCAUACGGCAUCUUCGUACUCCUCGCAGACUUCGUGGCUUUCGCGGCUUAUGGCGGUCACACGGGCUUUAUCUUCCUUUACACAGCUCUCGCCAUGCUUUUGCCCGCUGGCAGUGCGCGUGCAGGGGUCCUGCGGCUCAUUGUGGCACACCAGCUGGGCUCCCCGGCCCUCAACAAACUGCGGAUUGGUGGCUGGAAGUGGUUGGAUCCUAGCACUCUGGAGUCGCACAUACGCUUUGCCCGCGAUCAGGAGCUGCCCUUCAAACCGCACCGUGUCGUGGAGCCGCCAUGGAUGAGGCAGCAUUGGAUGAUGGACUUGUGCCUUCGUCACCCAUUGCUGUUGGCUCUACUGCAUUGGGCAGGCCUGGCCAUGCAGUUCCUCGUGGUGCUCGCUUGCUUGUCUGGCGGCCAAGUGGCCCUUUAUUUAGCCUGCGCUGCGGCUUGUGGCUUUCAUGUGUUCGCGGCUCCUCUGUUGGGCGUUGUUUUCCCCUUCUCCAUCCCCUGCUACAUGCUGGCCCUCCUCCCCAGCUCCGCACAUGAUGUUGCUUGCCUGUGGAGCCUCCCGGCUCUCCUGACGGCCCUGCUCCUGGGCGGUACCACCGUCUUGGCCACCGAGGAUUGGCCACUGAACGGGCUAGCGCUUUUCCCGACUAAGACGCAAAAACUGUUCACCUGCGGAGAAGAAGCAAGGUAUAAUGCGGAGCAGAUGCAGAUUCUGGAGUCCAUCUUUGGCCGGUAUUUGCUGGCACACUCCGAGGGGGAGCCGCGGGCAUCUGGAAUCUGCCUUACGGAGCCUGGAUCGGACAUAGAAGUUCGUAGAAGCUCUUGGAUCUUUGUUUCAGAGGUGAAGCCUAAGGAUCCAAAAGCAUGUGAGUUUUCGAGAGGACGCCCAAGAGCCAAGGAGCUUUGUGUCAGCAUAUGCCCUGCAAAUCUUUAUCCGAGUCACCUCAAAGCGCUUGGAGGUGCCUCUUUCUCUUCUGCAGAGUCAUUGCUAGGCGAUCAAAGCGAUCAAAUUGCAGCCAAGCUGUGCGCAUGGCUUCGCCGCAGUCGUCGCUUCAUCGAUGAGCGGGCAGACGGCCAGCCAGGCCGUUGUUUUGAUGAUGUGGUGGUCGCAUCGACUUCAGACCAGGGACGUACUCCCAGCAGCCCUGAACAGCGGCUGUAA